UGCCCUCUCGAUCGCAGAGUGUUUGCGCGCGCGCGCUUUGCGACGCGAUCGUGUCUUGGAACAACAGUUUACGUUUCGCGCGGUUGCUACGAUUGGCUGAAAUUGAAUAAAAGCGUUCUUUUUUAUCUGAUAACGAAAUCGAACAGCGUGUGGCUUACUGCGAUUAGAAAGAAAAUAUUUUGAACAAGUGUAUUGGUGAAAAACGGUGCGGUUUUGGGUUUAUUUUUGAGAAUUUUGUGGCUUAUUAAAGUUUUUUAAAUUUUGCAACGGUCAGACAUUUGUUUAAAUCACUUUUGAUAAAAUAAUGAUUCCACUGAGUUAGUGUUGUAGACCGAUUGCUGAUACAGUUGGGCAUUUUUUUUAUUUAUUUCAUAAAAUUGAAGAUCACGCUCGUGUUCCACGCGAAGAUUAAAAGAAAGUGUGGCGAAGUGGAAAAUUGUGCUUUUUUUAUUCGUUUCUUUUCGUUUGCGUGUGUGUUCACCUCUGUCUGAAGUUUGUGGAAUCGUGUGGAGGAGCUACCAAUUCGUGGUGAUCUUGAAAACUUUUCUACUAAACCACACUCAGACACACUUGUGCGGAUUCCGGCAGACGGAGGUUAUCCAGCUGACGACCACCGUGCUGUGUGCUUUAUUUUCCAUUCAUUAGCUGCAUAUAUUCACGAUCGACAACAACCUUACGUGCCCCCGUUGCUAGGCGUGUAUUUGUGUACGUGUGCGCAGCCUACUACUCCGACCAACUGUCACCCGCAGCUGCGGCGUUUGAAAAGCCGCACAAUUUCUGUCAACGGAUUGCUUCGAUCGCGAAUAUUGGAUUGGUGACCUUCAGUCGGAUGAGGAGAGCCUGCUUUGAUGACUUUGCGGGUUGGGUUCGGAAUUGAAGAUUCGGAAAAAAAGUAUUGCAAAUCGUGAGAAAAAUUAGUGCGAUUGACGCACGUGGGGUUGCGUGUGUGUGUGUGUUUUUUUUUCGUGAGGUUCAUUUGAGAAGAAGAUCCAAGUGAGAAGCCAUUUUUCGAGAGAGAAAAAAAGUUUAAUUAUUGAAGUGUGGGUUUUGCAAAUAAAGUCCAGGCAGCUGCUGCCGGUAAUGAUCGUGAUGGUGCAAACGGAAUAAUAUUGUUUUGUGGGAGUGUUUUUCUUCUUCUUCGAAUGAUUAAUAUAUUGUAAGAUCUGAAAAAAGGAGAAGAAUUUGCCGUGUCAUCUCACGUACAACUGUUGGAUUACUUUCGUCAUUUGUGCUAAAGUAAAUCAGCGACCGGAAACAGAACAGUUGGGCGGAUGUCGUGUGAUUUGUUGGAAGAUUUAUUCGUGUCAAGAUAAGAGUCCGAUUUUUACCGGUUUUGCGAACGCAACAAGUAGUCACAACCCUCCCCGGAUCAAUCGUAAUGACACAGUCCCGGUUUUGGGAAUUUCCCUGCCGAUAUCGGACUUGGAAAUGCACCAGCGGUUUUAUCUAGUCAUCCCUUGCCGCGUCGGAUUAGAAUGACCGAUCCGCCGUUGACGUCCUGCAAAUUAGACGAGCAGGCCACUGACGUCAAACCGAAGACAAGUGCCUGCCGUGGUUGCUCUGAUAAGAACCGUCGCGGGCUAGACAACGACAACGGCAAGAUGACCGGGGUGACAACGGCUACUGCGAUGAAGGGUAGUAGGCUACGGCAGCGAAAGACCGCUGUUUACAAGCGAUUCUGGGCCGAGGACACCGCGGAUGAUGAUGAUGGUGGUGGCGGGGAUGGAGAUGACGGGACGGCGGGUCAACGCAUCUCCGGAAGGUCGGGCUCGGGGUCCUUUUCUUCCGGGGUGGAAAGUGACGAAGAGAUGAUCCGGUUUCCGUGCGUUGAACGGCUAAUUGAGCUGUACGCAAACAUUAUCAAGCAGAAGGAAGCCGAGAUGGCGCGGUUCGCGAGCCGGGUGGUGGCGGGACGGACGGCUGGCGAUGGUGAUAAAAGACGAUUAGAUAAGACGGCUGGGACGUUGCCGGGCGAUAAGACGACCGCGAAUGUUCCAACCGAGCUGCAGUCCAGCACGGUAAGCAGUACCAGCGUGGACGCGUCCAGUAGUGGCAGACUACGGGCACAGAACAAGAGUUCCGCUCCGGAAGAAGACGGUUGGAGCGCUACCAGACAGAGUCCGUACUGUUCCAGCGACGAGGAAGACGAAACCGUGCUUGCCAAGAUGAAACCCCGCGAUAAAGUGACCCGAUCGUCCAGCUCGGACUCGGCACUCGGCUUGGACGAAGAUCUGACCCAACAGGAGCAGCAGCAGAUCAUCAGCAGUGUCGGGAAGGCUCGCCGUAUGACACUCGGAGUCUCGGACAUCCCACUCCGUUCAGCUCUGCUACCCGUCCCGGAACCUGCUCUUCUCCCAACCUCCGACUGUCCGAUCCUCACCAGCGACCACAACCAAUGUCCGGCCGUCGUCCGCAGUAAGAUGAUCCUGGAGGCUCAGCUCAUCGAGCUGCCUCAAACACAACCCAUAGACGGCUCCAUGGAGGCGCUCGGCUGUCUCAGCAAUUCGAUCUCGCGGCGAGAGUCCGCCCAAAGUUACGUAAGCGAUUCCGGCAUGGACGGCGUCCGGUACGUCCGCACACCGUCCGUCGUAGUGUCGGACUAUUCGGACGACACCAUGUGCGGUAUCACGCUGGAGGAGAUCGAGUACCUGCGCCGGCAUCGGCUUCGCCGGGCCUCCACCGACUGCGAGUCGGACGUCAGUGCGGCGUCCUCCUGUAGCAACCUCAACUACUGCGGAUCGUCGAUCAGCGCGCUGGAGGGUUGUGACUACCAGUGCGGGCUGAGGACACCCGAGCGGAAGGUUUCCGACUGUUCGACCUGCUCGACGCUUAGCUGCGAAGACGCGGACGAUGCCGCCCUGCGGAACCAGCUGCAGGAUCUGGGGCUGCGGUCGGGCCAGACGGCCGACUCAGCGGACCCGGAAGGGCGGAGACGCGCCAAAAAGAAGAAUAACCAGAUUUGAUGGCACACGUCCGAUUGACGUCAAGUGAAAAAAAGAAGGAGGAAUCCAGUUUCGUCGGUGGUCCGAAUCGCGGCAGGGACACAUCUUGAGCUCUGAAGACGUCAAUCGGGAGGAUGAUAAAAAUCGUGGCCACAACAACGACGACGACGACGUCCGUGGGAUUCCACGGCAACAACACACUACCUAUUUGAUCACGAGAAAGCUCUUGAGGCAGAAGAGGGUAUACGAUGUCGAUAUUUUAAUGCAAAUAUUUGUCACUUUAGCGUAAAGGGUAGUUUUCCGCGGGAUGUUAUCUAAGUUGAAAACAAUAAAUGUUGUUCAGGGAGAUCUUCUU